AGCGCAAAAGGCUGAAGCUUUCCUGUCGUUCUGCUUCGCAGAAUUUUUACGUAGGUUAAAAAUGAGUGUAUAUGGUUGUCUCGUGGUUUGCUAGUAGUCCUGUCGCCCUUGUGCCGAACGUCUUGGUGGUGGCUGCGGCUUGACGAGGGCGUUCCGUGAAGCGUUCCUGUCCACUGGAAAACAGUACGUUUUGCGUUGCUUAAUAGCUAAUAGUUGCGAAGGAUUUUGUGGAUCAUCGUUCGUAUGCUCGCGCUGCUGGUGUUGACGCCCAUGUCAACGUGAACUAGAGUUGGCCGGGGGUAUCCGUUAGUUACUUACUCUUUCCGUGCAUAGGUGGUUUGUGUGUUCGUCUUUUCUCAUUUGAGUAUCGUAACUAUUUUACAUCAUCGAGACAAGCGGAACCAUGCCGUGUGGUCACACAAGCCGUGUAGGGACUACCAAGGGUUUGCACUAGUUCACGUUAAGUUUUCAACCAUGAGGAACAGACGGAGGGGAUUGUUAAUUUUCGGGAUCGUUACAGCCAUGCUCUGGCUGUUUAUUGAUGUAACAACGACGGAAAGUGCAGGUGUUCAGCCGUUAACAGCAGAAGCCGCCAGUCCAGGUGGUAUACCAGAAAGCCGUCCGCUUAGAUAUCCCUUCCCUGCAACAGCGUCGAAGCUCAACCGAAACGCGACUUACCGUGUACGAGGCAAAACGUGCGCGUACACAUACAGAAGCAACGAUGGUUCAUUCAAUUUCACGCCGGUGCCAGAAGGUGGCCUUCUGAACGUAGCUUCACUUGAAAACGUUGAAGUGCUGAACGAUCCUCUAGCACAAGCCAUAGAAGAUGCAAAUGUUGUGGGAGAGCUAGUUGAACGAGCAAAGAAUAGAAGAUCGGAUGUCGGUGGCGACGUGGACGAAUUCGUAUUACGGGCGGAGACCCUGGCCACGGAGCUCAAGCAGGCACUGGUAACCCGGGAUCUUGCACGCGUAGAACAAACCGAAGAAGCAUUUCGCAAAGACUUCGACGCGUUGCGUGAAGUCCACUCUUCUAUCCAGAACGUCCAGGGGGAGAUGCAAACGGCCCUUGAUCGAGGAAAAGAAUUGCUGGUACAUUUAGAAGGGAUUGCGAAGAAUUUGCGCGAUAAUGCGUUGUUGAAUAAGGUGCUGAGAAUGUACAGCACUCAGUUACAGAAUGAGAUGGCAGCAUCAGUGCGCGAACGGGCGUCGACGGAGGCCUUCAUUGCACAGUCCAACGAAACUAUGAAAAGGCUGCAGAAGGAGUAUCGUGAGGGCAUGGAGAACUUAGAAAAGCACAAGCAAAUCUUGCAACAGGUCGAUGAUGUGGGUAAACAACUGCUUGGUAUAGGGUCUGUCCGAAAGGUGAUGCAUGCUGCUUUGAAGACUGCGCAGGAGAUUAAGACGCAGUCAGCUGCUGCCGAACAAGACGCUGAUCGGGGGCUCGUUAGAGUCGAAGCACUCUCAUACGCGUGUAAUCGUUCUGAGACGGAGAUUCGGAACGAGAUGAGCAAACUUCUGAAGGUAGAAACGGAAUUGCUGAAGGCUGUUGAAGAAAUGGAACACAGACUUAAGGGCGGUCCCCGGUCCAAGACAUCUGAAGCAGCAAGACUAGCCCUAGAGGAGAUGCGCAACCGUAUUCAACGGUCAGCUCACGCGGUAGAAGAUCUUGGUCAGGAAUGUUACAAAGCAUUAGACGAAGCGAGGGUCCAUCUGGAAAAUUGCAAAAAGAAAAAUACUGAACGGAUUCAAGCGAAGAUCAGCGGAACUCAAGCACUCAUACAGCGCACGAGAGAAUGGCUGGGGCAAUCCCAAAAAGACAAUCUCAGAGAUGUGCAGCUGAAGCUUGAAGAGCACACGCGGCUGCUGAAGGCACUAACACAGACGAUCGACAACAACUUUGAGGAUUUCUCUCGUGUUUCGUCUGCCACAGCCGCUGCACAAAGUGUGGCUGCUGCACUUGCAGAAUUUGAGAAGAAUUUUAAUGCGUCCGCAGCAAAACUUCAAGAGGAACACCAACUGGUGUUGCGUGAACUGGAGGAGCUGGUGAACGGGUCUGACACACCACAAAUCCGGUUACAGAUCGGGGUUGUGGCGACAGAAUUGAGACAGAGUUCUGAAGGUCUCAAACAUUUCGCAGAGCAAGUGAGUUCGUCAGGACUCAAGGAGGACUUCAGACAGUCGGUUCUUGCUUUACUUCGUCGGCAACUGUUAGCAGCCGUUGACAACAUCGCUGAUGCUAAACGACUCGAGGCGCAUGUGAUGGAUCUCAUCAAAAAGUCUUCUGAUGACGUUGCUGCAUUCCGUCGCACUAUGGCGGCUGCAGAAACGGAGGUGGAGCAACUUGCCACUAAGAAUAAACAGAAAGGCUCUCGCAGUGGACCAGAUGCGUUUCCGAACGAUCCGAAGGUUUGCAACAACCUCAGAGUACUUCGCAGGAAACAGAUUGAAGCACUGCGUCAGCUGGCAACAAGCGCUGAAGCAGUGAAGGUCAAUUCCAACACUGAUGUCACGGAAAUGGAAAAGAAAAUUGACCUAGCGCGGCGGGUGAGCACAUCAGUACGGGAUAUUCUUGCUAAUCAGGCCCUCCUCGCUGCUGUCGACGAUAUCGACAUACCAGAACAGCAAGGAAAGCACACCGAACAACUUCGCGGCGAAGCUGAGCGGCUUGAAAAAGAAGUUAAGCAACUAGAGACCCAGCUACAGAAAACCAAAGAUGCGGUCAGAGGGCGAGAGAACCUUUUGGAAAUUGAAGUGGCGAACCUAGGGGACGCUGGCAACGAAGUGAUCUCGGAGUUUGUGGAAUUGCUCAAGAAGGCUGCGGAAGAGGCACUCAAAGAAGGACCUAAGUUGGAGACGCUACUUGCUCAUCUCGAGCGCCUGGCGAACAAUUUCAAGGCGAAACGAGAGGGAAAUGCUCCGAACCCGCUUCCCAUCGAUGGAAGUUUCACUGAGGAGGAAGCGGUCGCAGAAGCAGCAAUGGACGCUGACGAAAUCUUCCGUGCAGCAUCUGAUAAGAACGACGAGCUCCAAAAGAAACUGAAAGAUUACCAGGAACAGAUUGACUCUCUGCUAAACGACGUAGGUCUGACGAAAGGUUUGCUUGAGGCCCUUGUGCCACAAACGCGCACAACUGGUGAGAGACAGAGCUCUGGACGGCGGUUGUCUUCUUCAGCAAUUUUGACAGGGCAACAGAUUGGAACGUACCGUCAGGAAUUGGCCGUCAUUGAGGAGGCUCUGACAAACGAGAAGCAAAAGAUAAAAGACAUGGGAAUGAGAGGCCAGAAAGCUAUCGAGGAUGUUGCUACAAAAGGAGCGGAACAGGUACCGCCAGCAAGCCAACGAUCCACUCACGAAGCGACGAACGGCACCUGGUGGAGCCAUGGACUACUUCUCGGCGUUGCAUUAGGGAUUUGCAUUCCUUUCGUAAUCGCCAUUAUUGCCCUCAUCAGAUGUUACUACGGACGAAAGAAGAAGCGAGAAACAGGAGCCUCAAACGCUCUGAGCGAGGAACAUGCAACACGUGUCGCAAGCGAAGCUUCCGACACGCCCGGUCGAGGCACCUCGGCGAAUGUGGACCAUCUACAGGGCAGAAAAGGUUAUUCGCCAGAGUUCGGAGAUCUCGAAAAAGCCUUUUCGGGCGUCGAACAUCCUGUGAUAGCCGGUAUUGUACCUCGUGAGACGCUGGAGACACCCCCGGCAGGGACACCAGAUACGUCGCACAUGCAGUACAUGGUCGACGAACAUUAUACCGUUGCACGCAACCUAUAUAGAGGUGCAGAACACGAACUCAGUUUUGAAGGAUUUCCAACAGCUGUUGUUCGCAAGCAGCGAACGCAGCCAAGGGAGUAGGAAAGUGUGUACCCAACGUCGUCUUUCACGUAAAAAAGUGGGUGCUGUAGCGCACUUGCGUUUGAAGAUGCUAGCGUACCAAGUGAGUGCAAAUGGGUGCAUGCAGGAUUUGAUAUCAUUCGGGGUUUUUUUGUUAGAGGCAUUCGCCUAUUGCAUGGUCCGGUACACAAUACAUUCAAAAGUGCUGUCUUGAAGAAAUUUUUGCCCAGAUCUCGGUCAAUUCUAUUUCGAGUGAGUUUCUUCGUCAGCCAAAUGCGCAUCAAUUUGAACAUAUCGUAGUGAUAGUCUCGUACAUGUUUGGUGACCCUCGAUGUUUUCCAGUCUACGAGAGUGAUAACACCACGGAAGGAGCGACCAUUGUCGUGUAAUUCGUCGUCAAGGGGUUGUUAUUCUGGCUUUUUUUCCAACGAGUGUGCACCCGUUCAGUACACAGCGCCGUUUCUGGUGUGUGUGUGUGUGUAUACGCUGGUGCGAGCUUCACCGGUUCCCCGGCGGGGAUACUCUCAGAUGUGUGCGCUUGACACAUCGACUAGCGAUUGUACCAGUGGCACAACAGUUACCAGCUACAGCUCGUUCGAGUUGACUAAUAUUUGUUUCGCAGCAGCAUCGGCUUCCGGCUGCACCUGCCCGCCACGCUGGUUCUCUCUCGACAAACACCAGUUUGGAUCACUGGUGAAAUGUCUGCGGUCACGGGAAAAACUGUAAUAUGCGCAAGUACUGCUAUUUGUGCACGAGCCGCAUAGUGAGAAUACAGCGAGACUACUGGCAUCGACACAUGCUGUUGCUGCGUUGUGCGGAGGAUUAGGAUGUUAGCUGUAAUGACGUCUGUUCCGACUUAAUAUUUUCUUAUAUGCUCAGCUGGUCGCUCACUGAACGAGAGUGAAUGACUUGAUACGCGUAGUACAUUACCCCUUAUGUUAGCGUCAAGCAAAAUGCGGCCUUUAUUUUUGCACAUCACCCUGUAAGCUUCUGUCGACCGCACUGCCUCAUGGGGGAAUGUGGAUGAGCUGUUUCACCGUCGUUCCUCAGCAUUAAACGAGACGUUUGUGUCAAGCUCAGAGAGCCGUCUGAACCCAACUCCGGGUUGUGGCAGGUACAAUGAGCCCGCAGUUGCUUGAAGGGGGUAAGGUGUGAAAUAAGAUGGUCCACCGUAGGGAAACGUAAUCGGAUACCACUCUCCGAAAUUCGUCACUGCGCCAGCCUGUGGUCCUCGCAUGUCGUAAGCCGCUGUCCAGCCGCUGUAGCGACCGACAGAAGGCGCUGGGCGGAGAAGAACGUCUGCAUACGUUGCUUGGAGUUCUCGGGGCACCGCAGAUGGCUCCAGAUUUUCAGAUGGUGAGGCACGCUUCUUGUCGACUACAGAUUUUCCAAAAAUGAUCGUCUUCGUCUCCGUAGUAUCUGGUCCGAUUGUUUGAACUGGUGGUUGCGAUGUAGCUUCGGCAAGCCAUGCGCAGCUGUAUUCUAGAAGUUCGCAGAUCCUGUCGGCAUCUUUGGGGAAAGUAAUUCCCCUGAAGGACCGUCUGCCUUCUGCCCGAGGUGCAAACAGUCUUUGGCACACUGAAACGACUAAAUGCAAAGUAUCUGUGCUGACACGCGGUGGCUCAGCGGACAUGGACUCGGGACCUGAUAAACCUAUUGUCGACAGAGAUGACUCUGUGCCAGCGUGUGAUUGGGGAAGCGCAUCAUUCGAAGAGUUUGAAUCCUUUGCUAGAAACACGUUCGCUUUAGCCGGUUCUGACAGAGCACACAGGGACAAUAGAGCGAGGUUUAACGUCGAUGUGACGGUAUCCAGAAGGGAAAUGAAUACCCUCUACAAAAUGAAUCUGUUUCCUUGCUCCUGACCUGGGAAUGAACAACUGGCAGACAGGAGCGCAACGUGGAAGAAUGUAUCGGUCGACAGACACUCAACAACGUUCCACUUGAGUGUCCAUGAACAUAUUUACCUGAGAGUUCCUUACUGGGUGUCGUUGCGUCGAAGGUGUCAUCAAACACGCUCCGCAGGAUUUCUGCUGCCACGGUGCCCAAACCGGGAGUCGAUCGAGCCAAUUUGACCCCGUCCAUUGUGCUUUGGAGAUGUGUGGCUAAAUAUUCGACAAAGACUCCGUAAAAGUUCUCUUUGGAGAACUCGCCUCGAGAGCCUGCGGAAGCAAUGUUGGCCUCCCCGACACCUUUGUAACCUGCAGGGUGCGUGGGCAAUGCUUGGAAAUACUGGUAUGAGCCGUUGGCCAAAGAAAGAAGCCAAACGUAUAUAUAUAUAUAUAUAUAGCACAGGAAGCGGAAUGCCACACUAAGGGUGUGCUGUUCCCCGCUACCCCGUAUGUUGCAGAUGGCUUUUCUUUUCCCAUGACGCGCUAGUCUACAUUGUGAAGCUCUGACGAGCGACAUGACAGACUGGACGGGCUACCGACGUCACAGAAAUUAGCAGAAUGCUGAACACAAGAAGUGCUCGCUUGGGUAAUGUGCCGCUGUGAUUAGUUUUUCUGUUGUCCGCACUCAGGCUUCCUCUUCCCCCCAUCACUUUGAGCCCCUCGUCUGCCUGUAUGUGAAAACGCACGAUCUGGAUUGAAGCAUUCAGCGACAACACACAGGGUGAAAAACAUACCUUGGCAUAUGAAUGGCUUUGCUGAAUCGGGGGAGGAAUGUGCGCGCGCGACGACAGCGAAGCUGCCUGGUAAUCUGGCUUCAACGAAUGAGCAUACACAUAUCAUUAGUGACGGACAUAUGAACGUUACACAGAUGCGCUGCAUUUUCGCGGCAGCUAAAAGGUAGAGCGUCGGUAAAAAGUAUGUGGCAGAGGAGGUCGUGCGAGCCUGUCAUCAGAGAUGGCGCAGGCUUUGGCGCAGCUCUCUGUUCAGGCUUUCUUUACUACGGAGCAAGCUUCUACUUUGCAAUUUGAAGUUUCACACACACAAUAUUAAGUCCUACGGCAAGACAAGACAAACGAAGUAAAACCCUGCUGUGGUCCGUAUAUCUUUCGAGACGCUCGCCCCAGCUGCGCAGAACAGCCGCUCUCUGUGCUCGAAGAUUUCCCAUUGCCGUGCAUCUUCGAUGUCUAUCCGACAAUCAACUGGUCUUUCACGCUUGCCCGGGGCAUGCACACGUGUAGAUGAAACACCCGUUUAUAACUUGUGUCGUAAGUCACUAGACAUGAGUUCCGGUUCCAUUAUUUCCGGCAAUAUAUGCAGUUGAUUCAACGCAAUUGAACUGCGGUAGGCGUCAUCGACGAAUUUGAACUUCCUUUUUGGUAUACAUAAACGCUUCUGUAGAUCGCUUUUCCAUUGUGGACUUGAGGCCGCUGUAUGACAUGCCUCGAAACUUGCAUCCUUUCCGUGCCACUCUGGUUCACCAAGGUCCCUAAACCAUUUAGAAUCCAUCAAAUUUUCCAGAUCGCAAGUUGUCGUCCCCAGAUGGAUGUAGUCUUGCUUGAAUUGAAACCAUUUGAACUACCCUUUUGAGGUGGCCGCCUUUUUUUCUCUGGGAGGGAAUUUUGGCCACUAUGUCGUCUUUAUGGUAAAUCACGAUACAGGAGAGAAUACUUCCACGCAUUUCGCAAACGGGCCG